CAACGUGCGUCGACGACUUCCUUUUUUGUUUUUUUUUUCUGUAGAGGCGGCGCACCAUCUUCUGUUCUUUCAACGACUAAAAAGCAAUUUAAUAUCCUACGGUCUUUACUCCAGUUUGUCAGAAUGCCUCUCCCUCCGGCACUUCUGGCCCGCCUGGCCAAGCGAGGGAUUGUUAAACCAACAGACCAAGCAGAAGCCGACGAGGAGAUUAUCGCUGAAGAUUACGAUGACAACAAUGUGGAUUAUGAAUCCACCAGACAGGAGAACCUUCCUCCUAACUGGUACAAAGUGUUUGAUCCAGCUUGCGGUCUUCCUUACUACUGGAAUGCAGAGACAGACAUGGUAGCCUGGCUAUCCCCAAAUGACCCCACCUCAGUAAUAACAAAACCUGCCAAGAAAGUAAAAGUUGACGUUGUAGAUGAAAGAGCAGAAAGACCUUUUGAGAAGCUGGAGAAGGAGCGAGAGCGAGAGCGGGAAAGAGACCGGGAAAGGGAAAGAGAAAGAGAGCGGGAAAGGGACCGAGAGCGGGACAGAGAGAGAGAAAGGGACCGGGAUGAAGGGAGGGACAGGGACAGAAGGAAACAGAGGAGAGACGACAUCGCACCCUACGGCAAAAGCAAAAGAGGAAGAAAAGAUGAUGAGAUGGACCCCAUGGAUCCAAGUGCUUAUUCUGAUGCUCCAAGGGGCUCUUGGUCAAGCGGCCUCCCCAAGCGCAACGAAGCAAAGACGGGCGCAGACACGACAGCGGCGGGGCCUCUGUUCCAGCAGCGGCCGUACCCCAGCCCUGGAGCCGUGCUGCGCGCCAACGCCGCCAACCAUCCCCCCAAGGAGUGAACGGGGACCCCACGGAGACGGCCGGUGGCUCCUCUGGCUGCACGUUAAAACUUUUUUCCUUUCUAGAUGUGCGCUUUGUCAGAGUCAGUGCUACCGCUUCCAUGCUCAUGUCAAACAUGUACAUAUGUUUUAUAAUAAAGAGCGACACCUUUGUUGCUACUAGAACCAUCUUCUACCUUAAUAAAUUUCAACAUUGUUCU